AUGACCACCCUCUCUCCCGAAAACAGCCUCUCUGCCAGGCGGUCAGCCUCCUUCAUCCUGGUGCGUAGAAAGCCGCCCAUUGACAAGACGGAAUGGGACAGCUUCUUUGACGAGAACGGUCACUUAGCUAAGUCCCGGGACUUCAUCUGUGUUAACAUCCUGGAAAGGGGUCUGCACCCUGUCGUGAGGACGGAAGCAUGGAAGUUCCUCACGGGCUACUACUCGUGGCAGAGUUCCCGGGAUGAGCGGCUCACGGUGGACAGCACGAGGAGGAAGAACUACCAGGCCUUAUGUGAGAUGUACGAGAAGAUUCAGCCCCUUCUGGAGAACCUGCACCGGAACUUCAUAGAGACUCGGAAUCACAUUGCAUGCGACAUCCAGAAACUCUACGACAAAGACCCCCUGGGCAACGUCCUCAUUGACAAGAAGCGACUGGAGAAGAUCCUGCUCCUGAGUUAUGUCUGCAACACCCAGGCAGAGUACCAGCAGGGCUUCCACGAGAUGGUGAUGCUUUUCCAGCUGAUGGUGGAGCAUGACCAUGAGACCUUCUGGCUUUUCCAAUUCUUCCUCCAGAAAACGGAACACAGCUGUGUCAUCAGCAUCGGGGUGGGCAAGAAUCUGGACAUGCUCAACAACCUGAUCACCUUCCUGGACCCUGUGUUUGCUGAGCACCUGAAAGGGAAGGGCGCGGGGGCCGUACAGUCCCUGUUCCCCUGGUUCUGCCUCUGCUUCCAGCGCGCCUUCAAGUCCUUCGACGAUGUCUGGAGGCUCUGGGAGGUGCUGCUGUCCGGGAAGCCCUGCAGGAACUUCCAGGUGCUGGUGGCCUACAGCAUGCUGCAGAUGGUGCGCGAGCGGGUGCUGCAGGAGAGCAUGACUGGCGACGACAUCCUCCUGGCCUGCAACAAUCUCAUUGACCUUAAUGCCGACGAGCUGAUCUCCGCUGCCUGUGUGGUGUAUGCUGAGCUCAUCCAAAAGGACGUUCCGCAGCCAGUGAAGGAUUUCUUCCUCUGA